ACCUUUCAUCAGUUGUUUUCACGGCUACCUUUCAUCAGUUGAAUAUCGGUUUAAUUUAAUGUAUGUACAUAUUUACUAUUCUUGAUAACGAAGGUUUCAUAAAGAUCCAUCUAGCAAUGUCCUAUUCGAAUAUGGAAGCAUAUGAUAUGCUGCUAAUUUUGGGUGAGUGUAGAGAUUCAUUCUCUGCAGCUGAAAUAUUAUGGCGACAGCGUUAUCCUGAUCAAACACCUCAUUCACGCAACGUUUUUUCACGUUUGGCUAAACGAAUACAAAACGAAGGUGUCAUUCAGCCUCACCAUAACAAGGGUAGACAAAUCCACCAUCCAAUUAGGGAUGAAAGAGCAGCGGAAAUUCUUGAAUCGGCAGAAUUAAAUCCUCGUGAUUCCUUAAGACGCCGAGAAAGAAAUUCUGGUGUUAGUCGUAACAGUAUCUGGCGCGGUUUCAGACAAAACAAAUUUCACCCUUACAGAAUGUCUCUUUAUCAAGCAUUGAAUAACAAUGAUUUUCAUCAGAGACUUGCAUUUUGCAACUGGAUAAGACAACCACCUGAUUUUCAUCACAAAAUUUUGUUUUCUGAUGAAUGUACAUUUAAAAGUGAUGGAUCUGUCAAUACUUGGAACUGUCGUCAUUGGUCACUGGUUAAUCCUCACCGGUUGAGAGAAAUAGACCAUCAACAUGUAUGGAAAAUCAAUGUUUGGUGCGGUAUUAUUGGAAAUCGCAUCAUAGGUCCUAUUUUCUUUGAAGAAAAUCUAAACGCUGAUAGAUACUCAGCCUUGAUAGAAACAGAUCUUCCUGUCUUGUUAGAAACUCUUCCUCUGCGAUUGCGCCUGGACAUGUGGUUCCAACAAAAUGGAUGUCCGUCGCAUACAUCGAGAGUUGCCCGUACAAUACUAAAUACUAUGUUUCCCAACAAGUGGAUUGGCAAAUACGGUCCGAUCAAUUAUCCACCCCGAUCGCCGGACCUCACUAUCCUUGAUUAUUUCUUAUGGGGAAGGGUAAAAGAUAUGGUGUACCGUGAACGUCCAACUAUAAAAGAUAAUAUGAUUCAUAGGAUAAGUGAAGCAAUUCUAUCCUUAGGCGAUGAUGAGAUUCUUCGAGCAACCAAUUCUUUCCAAAAUAGAAUAGAUGCUUGCAUCGCAGCGAACGGUGCUCACUUUGAAUAUUUUGUUUGAACAUACAUACACCUCACUCACUCAGAAACGUGUGUGCGAACGUUCAUAAGGUACCGUACAUGCAAGCACACACACAUCCUUGUCAUUAGUUACGCCACAGGAACAUUUGAAGUUCAUAAUUUCAUCACAGUUACUUUCAAGGUCAAUUUUAAGGUUGACAGAGGCACUUUCAGAAAAAACGUUUGAUACAAAAGUUUCUUAUUUUUUCACGUACAAUUCGAAUCUGUAAUAAAAAGUACUAUGUUCCCCUCAAAAAAUUCAACUUCCGGUCCGGAUGGCGUACUUCCGGUCGGAAUCAAAAGUUGAAAAUAUCGCCAUUCGAUAGAGCAUACCCGAUUUACUUAAAAAAUGUUCGCGAUUUUUGAUAAAAGCCAUUUAUUUUCAUUUUAAAAGGGGUGUACGGAUAAUCUGAGACACCCUGUAUAAUAGCA